AUGGACGCGAUCCAUCAGAUGUCCAGGAGGGGGCAGUCUUCCCCUCCGCGCCUCACAUCCGGGUACUGCUGCCGUCAUCUGCCUCCUCCUGCGCACAGCACCACAACAUCCGCCUCUCAGUCCCGUCGGUCCAGGUCCAUCAUGAAGCCCCCCGCCCGGAAGCGCGCUAAGAGGAGCCUGGAUCCACCCGCCUGCCCGGUCCCUGUCCCCGUGUACAAGAGCGCCCGUCUAUGGAUGGGGAGGGAGCAGCGCUGCCUCCUGAGCUCCCUGGACGGCCUCAGAGGGGCCCCGCUGGACCCGGAAAAAAUCAGGGAGCGAGUGUCCUCCCGCAGCGUGCAGGAGAUCAGUGCGGCUCUGAAGGACCUCAAGGACCAGGUGGUGAUUUUAGCCAAGCACAGGUACGAGGCGGAGCAGCAGAGCGAGCCCAGACCCCUGGAGCUGUGGAUCCAGGAAGCCUCUGCAGUGAGCGGGCCGGCUGUGGAGGAGGCUCUGUCCUCUGCCUUCUGCCAGAUGCUCACUGUGGCAUCGACAGAACCACAGACUCUACAGGGAAAAUGUACUCUACCCCAAGUUCAGUCUCAGUCCAGACGUGUUCAGCACAACGUGAGCUUCGAGAAUAUCUACCAACAUCUCAGCGCUCUGCACCAGCCGCAGCAUCUGCAGAGGAAGCUCUCACCCAUGGAGAGCGCUGUGCUGCUGGACCUGCUGCUGUCGCUGCCAGAGGAGAUAGAAGAGCUGGACUCUGAGCAGGUGUACCAGUUCCUCUCCAGAAGGGACCAAGUGGACGGGCCCCCGGGGGCCAGACUCAAACCAACCCCUGUCCUGAACCCUCUCCUGGUCCCAGUCCAUCUGCUGACCAGGAAGCCCACGUGA